AACUGAAUUUUUUUUUCCCGUUUUGCGCCUAAAUAUUAAUCCAAAUAAACAAACCUUUUUCAAAUUCCUCUCCUCCUUCGCAUUCUGCUGUUUCCAAUCGCCAUGGAAAGAAGGAAAUGCAGAAAAAUUCCUCUCCUUCGCGUUAUGCGGUUUCCAACCGCCAAGGAAAGAAGGAAAAGCAGAAACCGAAAACGGCGGCUUCAAAGAAAAACUCCGGCGCCAGCUGCUUCAUCCUCGGCCUCUCCGCCGCCGUGGAUCGAACUUCCAGAAGAUGUAACGGUCAACAUUCUGCAGAGGUUGGGCGCGGAGGGGAUGCUAAGCGCGGAACUAGUGUGUAGUAGCUGGUGGAAGGUUUGCAAGGAUCCCGCCAUGUGGCGAGUGAUCGAUUUGUGCAAUCCUGAUCCUGGGGCUACGAAUUUGAGAAGGAAGUAUACCGCCAUGUGCCGCCGCGCAGUGGAUCGGAGCCAGGGGCAAUUGGUCGACCUCACCAUGGACUCCUUCGGCAACGGGCACCUGAUAAAAUACGUCGCCCAUCGAUCACGAGAUCUCAAACGUCUUAAACUCGUAUCUUGCAUUCACAUAGCUGGAUGUCUUUUAGUCCAAGCAGUUGAAAAACUUGGACAGUUGGAAGAAUUGCAUCUUAACACGAGCACAUGGAUUUCUGCUCACCACAUUGAAGCUAUUGGCAAUGCUUGCCCAAAGUUGAAAUCAUUCUCGUUUAGCGAAGAUGGUUCGUGGUGUCAGCUUCCGCCAUAUUUAGAAAAUGGUGGUAUUGAUGACAAAUCUGAUUGGAAUCGUUAUGCUCGAGCAAUAGGAAAAUGCAUGCCUAAUUUGCAUCACCUUCAACUUUGUUCAUGUCUGAUGCAAAAUGAAGGACUUGCAGCCAUCCUUGAUGGCUGUCCACGCCUCGAAUCACUGGACAUCCGGCAAUGCUUUGGUCUCGAUCUUGAAGGGGAUUUAGGGAAAAGAUGCCGUGAGCAGAUAAAAGAUAUGAGACUCACUGACGGGCCUGGGUUGUUCAACUUCGUCUAUGACUAUUUGUGAGCUAGGAAAGGGUCACAGCAGAGGGUAAAGGUUUCUUGACCUUUCUUCUAUCGAUUUAUGGUUUAAGAUAUAUGGCCAAAUAAUACUCCUCACCAAUUCUUUUGUAGGUUUUUGUGUUGGUAGUUGAUUUCAAGUGGUUAUGGCAGCAUUUUGGGACUUCCAAUCUAUGUCUAGUGAGAUAUGAAUGGUAGUAGCUAUGUACAUCUUAUGACUCUGCCCAUGUUUUAGUAGCUGAACUAACUCCAUGCAUAAGAAUAUUUCUAUAUAUGAUCGUGGUGUUCUUCACCGUUUAUAUAUGGUUUAAAUCUUGAUGAUUC